AUGAUCGUUUGCAACGUGAGCCUGAGCUGUGCGCACUGUCCCGGGGGAGGAGCCGGUGGCACCGCGGCGACCGCGACGGACGCGUACGGGGAGGCGUCCGGGUCUCUCCCUCCUCCGUCCCUGAGCCCGAAGGGGCACCUGGUGGUGGCGGUGUGCCUCGGCUUCAUCGGCACCUUCGGGUUCCUCAGUAACUUGCUGGUGCUCGCGCUGUUCUGCCGGUACCGGGCUCUGCGCACGCCCAUGAACCUCCUGCUGGUGAGCAUCUCCGCGAGCGACCUGCUGGUCAGCAUGCUGGGCACCCCGUUCAGCUUCGCGGCCAGCACCCAGGGGCGCUGGCUGAUCGGGCGCGCCGGGUGCGUGUGGUACGGGUUCGUUAACGCGUGUUUGGGCAUCGUCUCCCUGAUCUCUCUGGCCGUCCUGUCCUACGAGCGCUACUGCACCAUGAUGAAGCCCACCGUGGCCGACGGCAGAGACUUCCGCCCGGCGCUGGGAGGGAUCGCCUUCUCCUGGCUCUACUCUGUAGCCUGGACUGUCCCGCCGCUGCUGGGCUGGAGCAGAUACGGGCCCGAGGGUCCCGGCACCACCUGCUCGGUGGACUGGAGGACCCAGACGCCAAACAACAUCUCCUACAUCGUCUGCCUGUUCACCUUUUGCCUGGUCCUGCCGUUCGGCGUCAUCCUCUACUCCUACGGCAAGCUGCUGCAAGCCAUCAGACAGGUCCGCGGGGCGAGCUCGGUGGUGUCGCGCCACAGGGAGCAGCGGGUGCUGGUGAUGGUCGUCAUGAUGGUGGCGUGCUACCUGCUCUGCUGGCUGCCCUACGGAGUGGUCGCUCUGCUCGCCACCUUCGGCCCCCGCGACCUUUUGACCCCGGAGGCGACCAUCACGCCGUCGCUGCUGGCCAAGUUCUCCACCGUCGUCAACCCUUUCAUCUACAUAUUCAUGAACAAGCAGUUCUACAGGUGUUUCAGGGCGUUCCUCAGCUGCUCCACACCUGAGCGAGGCUCCACCGUAAAGACAUUUUCACGGGCGACCAAGACGCCCCGCGCCCUCCGCCGGGCCGGGGAACGCCACGCCCCCUCCUCCGCCGCGCCCACGCCCAUCGCCAUCGAAAGGUCUUCGCUGGGAGCCAAUCACGUGUCUCCGAUCCCGUCGCCGUCUCCAUUGGAUCGACGCUCUGCUGCUAACGCCCCCAAACCCAAACGGAUUCUGGUGGCUUACUUAAGGGAAGAAUAA